AUGCUGCUUCUGGUGAUGCACCUGUCCCUCGUGCUUUCUCCUGUAAGGGUGCUCCUACCGGUCAAUUCCAAUCAUGCUCUUGCCAGUGGAUUCAAGAUACACACGUACAGUAAGUGGACUGGCACGGUCCGAAACGUCUCGGUAAUGAGAAGAGGCAAGGCAGAGUCAUGCGGUAGAUACUACAGCUUCAUUAUCAACAACGACAAGGACAGCUGGUUCAUGAACUCCUGCCCGUUUGUUUAG